UUCGUUGUCCUAAAACUAAAAUCAUAGAGAUAAACGCUUCUUCAUCCUAUCUCCAUCCAUCUCCAGAAACACAACACAACAGAAUUGCAAUUUGAUUCCAAUUAAUUAACAAAUAAAAACGACAGAAUCUGCUCCCACAAUGCAUUAACCCUAACUCCCAUCAAAUUCACAAUUCAAUCCUCAUCUUUUUCUUGCCUUUUUUAGCAGAUCUAGUCCCUUUCUGUGAACAGGCGAUGGCAUCCAAGGCCGUGGCCGUGGCAGCUGAGAAGGUUGGUAGGGCGGCGCGCCGUCAGGCCGUUACCUUAACGGACACCGCCGCCUCCCGUGUACGGCAGCUUCUUGAACAGCGCCAGAGGUCCUUCCUCAAGCUCGGUGUCAAGGCUCGUGGUUGUAACGGCUUAUCCUACACUCUCAACUACGCAGAUGAAAAAGGGAAGUUUGAUGAGUUGGUUGAGGAUAAAGGUGUCAAGACUUAUUGUAUUGUGGUAAAGAAAUACUUUUCGAAGCAAUAUUGCAUAUUGGGAAAAUAUGCAAUUACAGAAACAAACGUCUUAAGACCACUGUAUUAA